UAAUAAACUCAAGUGUGGAAAGCAGAUAAGCGACCAGAAACGUUGUUCUGGCAAAAUCCAUCGAGCCAGACAGACGUCCAAGCCGCUUAGAGCCCAGCCCUAGCAUUCAGCCUGUGUUUGCCGCCAGUGUCGCACAUUUUAUUGUGGCCCAUAGCCCUAAUCUCGAGUGUGGACCGCCACUGCACGAUUAGAUUUACGCUGAUCAUCAAAGCCGAAGACCGACGACGACGGGCAGAAGGACAAGAUGAACUCCAUUCUGAUAACCGGCUGCAACCGUGGCUUGGGCCUGGGCCUGGUCAAGGCCCUCAACAGCCUGCCUCAGCCGCCACAGCAUCUCUUCACCACAUGUCGCAGCCGGGCACAGGCAGUGGAACUGGAGGAUCUGGCCAAGAAGCACUCGAACAUACACAUCUUGGAGAUCGAUUUGAAAAACUUCGAUGCUUAUGAGAAACUGAUCGGCGAGAUCGAGGUCGUAACCAAGGGUGAAGGCCUCAAUGUGCUCUUCAACAACGCAGGGGUGGCCCCCAAGUCUGUGCGCAUUGGUGCCACCAGGCCACAGGACAUCCUAGAUACCCUGCACACCAACACCGUGGUGCCUAUCAUGCUGGCCAAGGCCUGUCUGCCGCUGCUUAAGAAGGCUUCCGAGGCGAACGGCAGCGAACCCAUGGGCGUAAGCCGGGCCGCUAUCAUCAACAUGAGCUCCGUGCUGGGCUCUAUUGGGUCAAACACGGAUGGCGGCAUUUAUGGCUACCGUACAUCAAAGUCCGCCUUGAACGCGGCCACCAAGUCGCUGAGCAUCGACUUGUAUCCGCAGAAGAUCCUCUGCAUCAGCCUGCAUCCCGGCUGGGUGCGCACCGACAUGGGCGGCAGCAGCGCCCCCUUGGACGUGCCCACGAGCACCAACCAAAUAAUCCAGACCCUCUGCAAACUGAACGAACAGCACAACGGUGGCUUCAUCAACUACGAUGGCUCUCAGCUGCCCUGGUGAUGACCGGUGAUAGUGCCUAUGCAUGUUAUAUCCCUUGUUGACCCUUAUUGUUGUGGUAAAUGCUGUUAAAUAAAGUAAAGGGAAGACAGCGUUA